UCUUCAGCUGAGCAGGAAGAGUGAGAAGCCAUAAUGGAUGGAAUACAACAUGUGUGUGUCAAGCUCCUUUUGAUUUGUCAUACAGUAGUGAUGUUUUCUGUUCAGGCUUCAGAUCAGCCUCUCCCCAUGAACGAAGACAUGCAAACAGAAGCAGUAUCCAGUGUAUCUGGAAAUACAACCAUAUCUAGAAGUACUGUAAUGUCUACCAUUUCAGAUGAAGAAGCAGUUAAUACAACCACAGUGCAGAAUAUAAGUUCCAGUUGGAAUACAACUGCUGUGACAGCAAAGAUAACUAGUUCAUUGGCUUUAACAACUUUGUCAUAUUUUGCACGAGGCACUCUACAUCCCCUCAACACAGACACUAGCAGCCCUUCAGACACUACUAUUAGAUUCAAUACUGUUAUGACAUCACCUACAGUUUCAACCUUUAAUCAAGCAACUGAUAAAGAUUCUAAUCCCAAAAUGUCUGCAAUCACAUUGAAACCAACAGCUCAAGCUUCUACAGCCACACAACUAAAUACUAGCAAAGCUUUGGAUUCAGUUCCUACAACACAGGCUUCAGGAGGAAUUCAUCUAAGGAAUUCAGAGGCCAUUCUGAUCAUUAUUUUCAGCAGCAUCCUCACAUUUGCUGUUCUAGCAAUUGUCAUAUGCAGUCUUGAUAAAUACAGGACGAGAAGAGCUCAGUAUUCCCAUCACCCACUAUAUGACACCUCUUCUGAAACAG